GGAGCCGGCUCGGGGCUGCGGAUGCUCCGGCACUGUCGGCGGGAGCGGGGCGGGCGCCAGCCCGGCUCUGGGCAUCUGCAGCCGGCAGCGGGACCGCGACGGAGCCUCCGGCACCGGCUCUUCACCGCCGGUACUGCCACCGGAACAGGCACCGGCUCCGGGCCUGCUAUCCCGGCACCGACAUCAGUACUUGGAUCCUGGCACCAGGACCGACCGGCCUCCGCCAGCGCCGACACCGUCACUGGCGCUGGCACCGGCUCUUCUUCCCCGGCACAAGGUCCGGUCCUCCCCGGCACCGGGACUGACCGCCACAUUAUCCUCCCCCGGCUCUGGGGCCACUCCGACUCCCCGGCUUUGCUCUUCCUUCUCUACCACCGGGACCGACCGGCCCUUCCCGGCUCCCCGGGCCCCUCCGCCUGCCGCAGCUUUUAAAACCCACGAGUACGGGAGCAGUGGGAACGGAGAGCCGGGCACGGCAGAGUGGAACACCGGCAGCACUAAGCCCAGCACUGGGGAGACACUGUCCCCCUGACCUGGCAGGGACACGGAGCAGGGACCGGGCAGGACCCUGCAAGGACCAGCCCAGGGACGUUCUGUGCCGUCGGCGAUGCGAGCGAUGGCAGACCAGGCUGCGGUGGCAGCAGACGCCUCUCCAGCCCUGGCACCGUUCCCGGGCUCACCUCGCCGUGGGGACACCGAGGGACCAACACCCCAUCCCGGCGGCACCAGGGAGAACACCGGCGGCCGGGAUGGCUGCGGGCCCCUUCACACGGCGGACGGGGACGCAAAGCGUCCCCCCUCGCCCCAGCCCGGGGGGAUGCUCCUGGCCGACCUCCCCCGGGCCCCCCAGCCCCGGCUGAGCCCGGCCAAGUCGCGCACGGCUCCAUCGUCGCCCAGCGUGUCCCCGUCGGAGAGCCGAGCCGGCCUGCUCCGGCUGCGCGACGCCAGGCUGGAGGACACGAGGCGGCGGCUGUCGGAGGCCGUGCAGGAGCCCCUCAGCCGCCUCAGCCGCCUCAUGGCCGAGGACAGCAGCCCCACGAGCCGGGCCAAGGAGCCGGGGGGCAGCCCCGGGGGCAGCCGCGGGCCCGGAGGCCGCCGGGUGCGGGACUGGACGCCCUGGGAGCCCACCCUGAACUGCCGCUACGAGAUCUGCUCCUACGGGGACGUGAUCCAGGUGGUGGAGGUGGCACAGAGAGACGCCGAACCCCCGCUCCCAACCCCCGAGGAGCCGCCGCCGGCGCGGUCCGGGGCCACCGUGCCGGGCAGAGCGCUCGCCUCCAUCGCCCUCCUCGCGUACGGGUACCUGGUGCUGCCGCUCCCGCCCUACGCCGCCGGGCUCGGCGUGGGGCUGCUCUGCGGGCUGCUGCUGGGCUUCUUCGCCGUCCUCCUCCUCGUGCCCAAGGCCCCGCCGGCCGCUCGGGGACCGUGGGGCCGCCUGCGCCCCAAGCUGCUCCCGGGGGAGCCGCGGGAAACCCCCCACCUCCAGGGCUGGAUGAAUCAGCUGCACGUGUACGACCCCGAGCUUUUCCAUCCGUCGCUCACACACUCGGUGCUCGCCGUGCUGGACGGGUCCACCCUCAAGCUGUCCUACCCCAAGAGCAACAUCCCGCGCCGAGCCACCUUCGAGGAGGAGAUCCUGGACGCAGUCUUCGUCAGCCACCGCUGCUACGACCUGACCGACGCCAAGGUCUUCCUGUGCCCCCCCAGCCUGGCCCGAAAGCGGACGUGGAACAAGAAAUAUCCCAUCUGUGUGCUCCUCCCCGAGACGGCGGAGGGAGAGGGCAGGAGCAGCGAGGAGCACGACACGGAGCUGCAGGGGGAUGAGGGGACAAGGAAGGUGCCGGUGUCUGGGCAGGACAUCCCAGGGGACUGCAGGGAGAGGUGCCUGUACCUGUUUGGGCGGACAGGGCGAGAGAAGGAGGAGUGGUACCAGCACCUCGUGCAAGCCUCCCAUGGGACACCUAGCAGUCACGGUGACACCAGAGCAGGCAUGGGAUCAGUUCCGCAGAGCAGCGGCAGCAGCAGUGGGGGCAGUGCUGAGGACAUCCCAUCCACAGAUUCAGCCAAGGAUCUGUCGGGAAGCGUUGAGGAGAUUUACCUGGAUUACAGCACCUACAUGGCCCGAUUCAUGCCAGCACAGGGGGCACCCAGCCCGGACCGGAGCCCCUCUCAUGGAGCUCUGGGCAGCCCCACGCCCACAAAGGGGCUGGUGGCUGCUGUCCCUCCGCAGCUCGGUGAGGACACGGCGAGCAUGGCCUGGAUGAAUGCGCUGGUGGGGCGCAUCUUCUGGGACUUCCUGCGGGAGCAGUACUGGGCUGAGCAGGUGUCCAACAAGAUCCAGAAGAAGCUGAGCAAGAUCAAGCUCCCGUAUUUCAUGAAUGAGCUGACGCUGACAGAGCUGGACAUGGGCACAUCUAUCCCCUCAGUUCUCAGCGCCUCCAACCCCACCAUCAAUGAGCGAGGACUCUGGGUGGACAUGGAGGUCACCUACAGCGGCUCGUUGCAGAUGACGCUGGAGACAAAGAUGAACCUCAGCAAGCUGGGGAAGGAGAGCUCUGCAGAGGAGAGCGGCCCUGCAGAGGCAGGCAGAGAGGGGGCCAGGCCGCGGCUGAUCCUGCUGGCAGACAGCGAUGCGGAGUCGUCCAGCGCCGGCUCCUCUGACGAGGAAGAUGUCACCACUGCAGAGCCCGUGGGAGCCCCGGGGGAGCGGCUUCCCCCGCCUGGCACCGAGGGCCACGUCAGCGGCAACAGCACGAGCCGGAAGAUCCUGCGCUUCGUGGAUAAGAUUGCCAAGUCCAAGUACUUCCAGAAGGCCACAGAGAAUGAGUUCAUCAAGAAGAAGAUGGAGGAGGUUUCCAACACGCCUCUGCUGCUGACGGUGGAGGUGCAGGAGCUGGCAGGAACCCUGGCCGUGAACAUCCCCCCACCACCGACCAACCGUGUCUGGUACAGCUUCCGAGUGCCACCGCAGCUGGAGCUGAAGGUGCGCCCGAAGCUGGGCGAGCGGGAGGUGACAUUCCUGCAUGUCACUGAGUGGAUUGAGAAGAAGCUGAAGCACGAAUUUCAGAAAAUUUUGGUGAUGCCAAACAUGGACGAUCUCAUCAUUCCCAUCAUGCGCUCUGGCCUGGAUCCUUGGCCACCCACCACAGGACUGCCCCGGGACCUGCCAGCCAAGGGGGACAGGAGGCUCUGAAGCACAAUCCCAGGGGCAGGGACAAUGCCCGGAGCUCAGGGACCUCGCUGGGACAUGGGGACAGCCAGGGCCUGGCCACUGACUGCACCCAGGGCUGUGCCUGGAUUCAUCCUCAUCCUCUGCUUCUGCAGAUGAGCCUCUUCAAAUCCUGCAAGCACACGUUCAGGGCACAACCAGGCUGCUGGAGACCCAGGAAUUUCAUGGCCACGUUCCCAGGACUCCUGGUCAAGUAGGCAGCUCUGGACAGUGGAGGGCUGGGCUUCCCACUGUCUGGUUCCCGAAGAGGGUGCAGGACACCUGGACCAGUUCUGCACCAAAGGAGUUGGGAUCAUUGCUGAUCCAAAAUUCCCAGCUCCGGGGCAUCCCCCUCUCCCCACAGGCAGCUGGGCUGCAAGGAAAGCACGGGUGGGAAAGGAGUCCCAACUGAAUAAAUCCAUCGCUGCCCA